AGAGAGAGAAGCUCAACCACACUUUGUGUCACCCAACACAUUUGAGUCAGAAUGGGCACAGAGAUGGAGAGCAUUAGAAGAAAUGGAAGGAUCUCAGAGAGAAGCUUUAGAUAAGCAGUUUAAAGAAGCCCGUGAUAAAUUGCAGGGAGAAAUGGAUCAGGCUAUUCAAGAACACGAAGCUGUGCUAAUGCGACAAGAAAUUCAACGUCGUCAAGAUGAGCUUCGUCGAUUUGAAGAGAUGCGUCAAAAAGAAGAAAUGAUGAGGCAAGCAGAAUUAAGGAGGCAGGAGGAGAUGCGUCUUCAAGAAGAGUUGCAGCGGAGGGAAGAAGAGUUGCGACAUAAGGAGGAGCUCUUCCGGCAGCAGCAGCGAGAACUUCAGAGGCACCGACAAGAGGACAUGUAUCUGCAGGAUUCUAUGCGGCGCAUGGAUGCAAACAUGCCACCAGGAAUGCCUCCCAUGGGACCUCCAGGUGGAGACUGGGGAAGAGGGCGUGGUGGACCACCCCCACGUGGACCACCUGGAAGAGGUGGACCACCAGGUCGUGGAGGGCCAGGCUUUGGUCCUCGGCCACCAGGUCCAGGGAUGAUGAGCCCUCCAAGGAUGGGCCCAGGAAUGAUGCCACCUAGAGGACCACCUAUGGGUGGCCCACCUCCAGGCCCUCGUGGACCCAUGGGACCAGGGAUGAGACCUAAUGGGCCGAGGCCAAGAUUUGAAAAUGAAAGGGAACGUGAUCGUGAAAUGGUAGAUCGUGAUCGGCUUGCCGCACGCUCACGAGAGCCACCUUCAAGAGACCGCGGAGAUUUCAAGAGACCUCGUUACUAGGCAGGCACACACAGAGUACUGUUUUGUGUUAUGACUCUAUCAUAUUGCUGUUCUGUACAGUACUCAUGUGAAAAGAACUCAAAUGCUUGUUUUGAAGUGUGCAAAGUGAUUUCCCUAGAUGACAUCAAGAGGGAAGGAGAUGUCAUAGUAGUUGUAUGUGCAUUAUAGUUUUGUUGUGGAGUCUGGAACCAUUUGAAUUUAGCUAGCAGUAGAUUUGGCCUUGGAUAAAAUUUUCCAGAUAACUGUUGUAGCUGAGAAAAUAAUCCAAGGAGAAUGAGUACUCAAAUUUUUUUAGCUCUUACAGUAACUUCAGUGAAAUCUUGACAAAGCAAAGGACAAGUCUAAAAUAAGUUUUUAAUGCCAUUUAUUAGUUAUACCAGUUUUCUCAAGGGGAUUGUUUUAUGCUUGAUUUUCAUGUAUUUAAAGUUGGAAUCAUAACUCUAAAACAUGGAAAGGAGUCAGUUGCUAGGUACUUAUGUUUACUUUCAUAUAUAUCAACUUCUAGAUGCCCAUGUAUCAUACAUGUAGUAUUUCAAGAGAGGUUUAAUUAGAAAAUAUAGUCAUUUAAAACUGUCGUUGUCUAGCUCUCGUCUCUGUUUUUGAUUGAUUCUCUGUUUACAUGAACUGAUGUUAUUGUGAUCUCUUUUCUGGCACAAAUGGGACAAGCAGCAGUUGUGGCUUUCAACAAUUAGAUGUCCUUUUUUCUAGAUGCAUUUCUUAGUCUGUUUGGUUCUCUAUUUUUUCUUUUUUUUCUUUUUUUUUUUUUGCAAUUGAUAUUAAUUGCAUGAAAAAAAGUGCUUGAACACUUAAGAAUACAAAGAAGGUAAAAUUAUAUUGCCAUUGAAGGAUCAAAGAAAAUGCAUUGAUUAUUUUUUUUGUCAUCAUGAUAUGCAAACACAGAAAGUCCAAAUUUAUAUUCAGCUGAUGUUGGCAGAUGAACAGCAAUGUUUUGUGCAUUGAAUCCUGGGUAUCUUGAGAGACUUAAUUUUGAAACUGUAUUUAAACUGAAGUUGUGAACAUAUUGUUAAGUUCUGAGUGUUGUGUCAUUGUAAAAUGAUCUCUUUUACUUGUUUAGCUGGGAUUUGAUUAACCUCAUGUUGGGCUAACUGCAUAGAAAAUCCAUUCCAUUGCUUAGGCAAUUGCCUUGAAUUAGUAAUACUCAUGCUUGAACAAUCAUUCAAGUGCUCUUUUUUUGUUACUGGUUUCUUAUGGAGGGUACAAAUUAUUCAAUGUAAAUACGAGUGUGUUAGAUGGGAAAACAAAGCAAGCACACCAGGUUUGGGUAAAUUUUCCCUGACACAACACAGCUAGCAGUUGUGUAACUUCAAAAAUUAUGGUCCCCUCAUUUAAAUUUAAAUUCCCCUUAGGAUUGUUUUAAAAGAAUAUUUUCUCAAGUAAAGCUAACUUAUUUUCCAUGAUUUAAGGAGUGGUUUUCCUUUUUGUGCUCCUUGGCUUAGGACCAAAUUUUGUUUUUUAAGCGAUUCUUUGGUGUUGUAAUAAGAGGUGUCUCUCUUGACACCAAGUGCAAGGAUUACACUGUAUUUGCUUUUCAGAUUUCAUUGCCACAAUCCUAUUCUUGAAAUUCUGAAGGGGAAAUUGACGAUCAUGCAUCAGUGGGCUUCAAAUUGGUGAUCUUACCUGCUUUUACUCCAGAACCACCUCUUCUCCCAUGAACAAAUUUACUACAUGUGAGCUCUCUGAUGGCAUUUUUGUCGUCUUUAGUUGAACAAAUUACAGAUUUCCUACUUAUUGUUCUUUACCUUUCCAACCUUUGUGUUUUUUUUUUUUGUUUUGUUUUCUUUUUUUUGUCCAAACCAUCUGUUUCCCUUUAAAGAAUUAUAUUUUCUUGAAAAACGUUGGAUGCUUCAUCUGGGAAUAAUGAUGGACUGGGACUGAGGAAGGGCUGGGACUGAGGGAGGACUGAGACUGAGGGAGGGCUGGGCUCUUGUUAUCUGUUAGUUACACCAUAUGCUGAUAAUGUUUGCUUCCUCUUCAAAAACUUUAAUUAUCAGAGGCUUUAGUGAUACGUUCAAUAAAAUUUGUACUUUACAUCAGAAAACGUGAUUUUGUUCUUAGCAAAAGUCAGACUGGAUUCAAGUUACAUCUGCAAAGGGAUGCAAUUAUAGUGAUAAUAUAGGUAUAAACAUUGCUAUCAGUCCUAAUAUACGAGCUACAAAGCCCUGUGAUCUACAAUCAACAACUGUUUGAGUGGCACAAAGUAAAACAUUUUUGGUGUUUAGGUUAGUAGUGUUUGUCUAAUACUUCUGUGCUGCUCUUUUGUUAAAUUCAUGUUGGAGAAACAAUGACAAAAAAAACUGCUCAUUUGAUGGAAAUGAUUUGUAUAAUCUGAUAUUUAGUACAAAGAUGUACUGCAGUCAUCAACAAAAAGAAUAUACCAUAUUUAAAUGGUAUUGACUCAAUUUUAUUGUCAGAGACCAGGAUCCUGAAGCUGGCAUUGUAGAGGUUAUGACAGCAUUCAGUGUUUUGGUUGUUGGUGUAUUCUUGUUUGAAAUGUGAUAAGCAAUAAUCCAGGAUUAAAGAUUUGAUUACUCUCAUAAUAAAGUAUUUCUUAGGAUAUUGAAGGGUUCUACCUGUGUUAGAUGGAAACUGUUUGCAGAAAAAAAAAUUGUUGGCUAACCUUCAGUUAGCUUAAUUGUUCUAUGAACAUGGCUGGCCAGAUGAUUGAAACAGUCUAACAAGAUUUGAACUUUAAUUCCAUGGCACCUUUCAAGACAUACUACAAUCAAAGGGUUGUUCUGGUGUUGAGUGGAUGGCAUUUUAUUUUACCAAGCAUUCAAAUCAGACUUGUUGCAACUGAAUCUCAACAUUUCAAAUAAUUUGGGCUAAUAAAAAAAUCUCAAUUUUUUUACAUUAAAACUUUAUUUGCUGAGGAACUAGUAAAAAGAUCUCUUAACAUUUCAAAUAAUUUGGGCAAAUAAAGAAAUAUUUUUGAUAUUUUGUUUUAUUUGGCACAGGACUAGUCAAAAGAUCUGUUAUCAGCGUUUCAAACAAUUUGGGCAAAUAAAAAAAUAUCCAUGUCAUUGACAUAAUACUUAUAUGUUCGGUGCAAGACUUGUUGAAAGACCUGUUUAAUCUUAAAUUGGAGAAUGUCAAUCUAUUGAUCACAUUUUAUGCAUUUCAAUUUUAAUUUCUUAUGGAAGAGAAGAAGAGAAAUUUUAUUAAAAAAUGUAAACAGAGGCUUUCAUGCCUGUGUUUUCUGUUUAAAAAAAUGUGUCCAAAAUCCUAUCCAACAAAGAAAGCAGCAGAUUUCCUAGGUGUGUUUCACAAAAGUGAAACAGUGUACCAUUGGAUGUUACAGCAUGGAAAAGCAAGGUAUGUGAAUGACUUGUACUUGUAAAGAUCAGCAGUUUAUCUUUUCACAAAUACUACAGUACAGUAGCAAGCAAAGACACAUAAGCAGAGUAAGCAGUAGUCAGCUUGCUGAUCCCUAGGCCAAAGAUUUAGUUAGGUAAACUUAAACUUUUGUAUAAAUUUAUUAGUAUUUCUGGGGACAAUAGUUUAAAUUUCUGACCAGAAAUAGUUGCACCAAGUUGAAAUAAUAAUUGUACUUGAUGGCCUUAGUUUUGGUAAGACACAAAUUUUCUGCUCUCGAUAUUUUUGUUUUUACCAAUUCCCUUAUUUUCUUGAUUCACUUUCUUGAUUGAACACAAGUAACAGUUAUUUGGAUGAAUCUCUUAUAUUCUGUAUAAAUAAGUUUUAGUUGAAUGCUCAGUGGGUAGGAAUCUCUUACAUUACAACAAUACUUGUAGAAAUUUUUGUUUCAGAGUUACAUUUAUGUUCGAAAUGAAUUUUGUGAUUUUGGAAAUUUUGAAUUUUUAUUCAUCUGUCUAGUUUUUGACAAUUCCUGGAAACUUGCUUGCCAAAAGCUUAUAAACUGUGUAUAAAGUUCCAGUUCUACUGUAAGCUACCAGCAAUUAAGUAGUCAUCAGCAUUAUCUUAUGUGCAGCAAGCAGCGUAGCAUUAUUCAACUAUUGCCCCUCGCUGGGGAAAGAAUUUUAAAAAAGUUGCAGAUAUUCAAGUUAACCUUCAUUGACUGGUGUUGAAUGGCAUAUCUGCCGGUGUGAUGCACAUUACAACUGAAGGUAAUGUAUAACUAGUUUUUCACUCUCAUUACUGAAAUUUAGCCUCUUCCAAAAGCUUUACCUUGCCUCGCUCCUGUAUCAAACAGUCAUGACAAAAUAAGCUAGAAUGAGGUAUACUUAUUACGGUGGCCAAUUUACAAUUUCAACUUAGUUGAUAUAACCAAGUUACCUUGUUACCCCCACCGACGCAGUACCACGGUCUCUUUAGAAACUUUCAGCCUUUAUUAUAGUUAUUAAAAUCAGGGUCAAGAGGGUUUCCUAAACUGUUUUAAAUGGUAGCCGUCCUUCUGAGCUUCCUUCAACAUUGCUGUAUUUCAAGGAACAGAGAUUGAAUAAGCUCAUAAGAAUCUUUUGGUAGGUUUGUAAUAUCGAGAAAGCUGUCAGCCUCAUAUACCUCUUUAUGUAUUCGAUGGCCUCAGUCACUGGCAAUGAAGUUUUCUUUAUAGACUUUCAUUUACUUUUUGAAGUGUACUCUAUAGCUUACAGUAUGAGUUAAGGCAAUGUGACCUGAUAUGUUGCUUGAGCAUUGUUUGUAGUCAAGGUUCUGUCAGUACUCUGACAUAUGUAUCACAAAAUUGUCAAUUACCCAAGGUGGAACAAAAACCACUUUUUUGUUUCCAAUCAAUAAAUCAUCCUCAGAGUGAUGAAAACAUUAAUUGUUUUAAAUCACACUUGUAAAGUUUUGCUUGAGUUGGGUUAAGAGUGAAAACUAAUUUGAAAAGAGCAGGAAAUAUUUUGUCUUACUGCAGAGUUAUUUUUGAACUGUUAAUGGAAUUUAUGAGAAGUUCCUAUGAUCAAAAUAUAAAUUGUGCAAAUGAUGCAAUAUAUGCUGUGACUUUGCUGGGUGAAAAAAUGUGUCUGUUAGUGAUAAAUUGUUACUGUCUGUGUCGCAAUGUGGUCACUUCAAACAUGAAUUGCAAUGUUCAGACUGAAUCUUCUGCAUUUUCUGUUCUGCAUAUGAGCAGUGAAUUGUGGGAAUGCACACUACAGUGUGUGAGGCCAAUAAUACCACUUCGUUAUGAUUGUGUUUUGUUACGAUGAAGAACUGCAAACAAUUUUAUGAUAUUGAAAAUUCUGUUCUUUAUUUGAGUAAAUCUUUGUUUGUCAGGUGUACCAUUAAGCAGAAUAUUAACUCUUAGAAUAUAAGGAAAACUUCAAAGGGAUAAAGUUCAAAUGAAUGAAUAAUUUUUUUGUGCAUCUUUUUUGAAGUUUUUGAUGCUAAUAUUUAAGGGUGGGGAAAAAGUUUUGUUAUUAUAGCAUGAUUUUAUGUCUGAAGUUGAUUCUUUGUUCACACUUACCUUGUAUUGCAGAGGUAAUGAAUUUUUUUAACAUUUCUUGUUCUAAAGAUUUGUUUUGUUAUCUUUUGUUCUUUGUGUUAAGCUUGUUGUGGUCAUUUGAAGAGCACAGUAACAUCAACAGAGAUUGGAAGUUGUCACAUACUCAGUUACAGGUGAUUUCCAGCUAUUGUUGUGUUUGAUUAGCAAGAUGCAUUACCCCAUAGGGCUGGCAUCCCCAAAGGAAUACCAAGUUGAGAGCUGAUUCACCAUCAGUUUGUGAGCCCACUUUUUGGAAGAGUUACAGAUGAAAGCUAGGGAACCAAAAGGAAUGAAAGUCAUCAGAGUUGUGAAAAUACAGAGAACAAAUUGUGUGCAUUCAAACAGAUCUUUUGACUGCGCGUGGAAUGAAAUGAGGAAUGGCUCCAUUUGACUUUACAUUUGGCCGUUGUAAAUUUAGCAGCUAGAUUCAAUUUUUUCCGUUUGUCUGUUCAGCAUAUUAGAUCAUAGAUGACGUUGAAAUGCCGAAAGAAUUAAAAAAAAGUGUCUCGCUCGGAGCAGCCAGGUGUGUUACUGACAUUCUUACCAUUUCUUGACGUCUUCUGUGAACAGACGCACAGGAGCAUGUGUUUUAUUUGUGAUAUUUAAUAAAACAGUUUUAGUUUGAUG